AUGAAGAUCGCUUCGAGCCUUCUUUCCUCGCUGGUUGUUACUGUUGCUUCUCAGGGUGCUAUUUUCUUUGCCCCUGAUUCUCCAGAUGUCCGAGCGCGAGCACCAAGUAGUGGAGGCUUCCCUUCCCAAAAUCGGCCAACUAUGCAGCAGCGCCCAACUCAGCGACCAUUCGGCCAAAGACCAGUAGGUCAGCGCCCAGUUAGCCAGACUCAAAAUCGUCCACCCGUCCAAAACCGACCUCAACAACAAAAUCGUCCGACAACUCGACCAACUCCUCGACCAACAACGCGCGCCACAACGAAGAAAACAACAACGACGGAAGAACCAACGACAACAACAUUUACGACCACAACGACUGUCGAAGACACCACACUAGAAAAGAUCCAGGAAGUCGUUGUCGAUGAAGCCGGAGAGGAAGGACCAGGAGAGGGAGAACGAAUGUGGGGAAAUUACAACAACAACAAUUAUAACAACCAGUACAAUCAGCAGAACUACAAUCAGCCGAGCCAGAACUACAAUCAGAACAAUAACUAUGAUGCGGGAGCUGGUGGUUAUGCUCAAGCCGAUCCUCAUUUCAUGGUCGAAACUCUUGGCCAGCCCCCAAUUUGCUUCGACUACGAUCCUGAAACACUCGACGAUCUAGUCCUCUUUUCCGAUCCAAGCGGACUCUCCCUGGUCGCCCAAAUGUUCGAAAAUGAAAAGGGACAUAAAUUCAUCAAAUCGGUCAACAUCCGCUCUCCUGAGGGAGAAUCCAUCACCAUCAGCGCUGAAAAUGGUCUCGAAACCGAAGUUAAAGACAUGGAAGAGUCUGGAGAAGGAUUUGUCGUUGGAGAUUUGAAAAUCAAAAGCAACUGGAAUGGAGUUCAUGAACACACUCGCGUACACAUUCAUGGAGGACCAGCUUUUGCGAUUAUUUCCAAUACGAUCAAAAGGAAUUUGGAGGUUUCUGUUGAACAUGGACAAGUCGAGGAAUUCGACAAAGUUAAGGGUAUCAUCGGCGCUUUUAUGAACAACAACGCUUAUGUUGUCGUGCCUAAAGAAGAUGGAACUGCCUCUGUUCUUAUUGGUGGUGAAGAAUUCGCGGCUGUGGAAGAACGAUACCACUUGACCCCGAAAUGCUGGGUUUUAGACACAACCGAUGCGCUCAAUAUUCUCCAGCUUGUUUGA